AUGGCACCUAUCGAUUCGACGGCUUUGAUUGCGAGGGCGGAGGCCAUCUCGAAGGAGUUCGAGUAUGGCGCUGACGAUGUGCGAAAGGGCGUCAAGGAGUUUUUGCGGCUGAUGGAUGUUGGUCUUCAGAACGAUGGCGAGGCGAUGACCAUGAUCCCCACAUACGUCACUAGUGUCCCGAAUGGAACGGAAAAGGGCGUCUACCUAGCGGUCGAUCUCGGAGGAACGAACUUCCGUGUUUGCUCGGUCUAUCUGACCGGUGACUCCAAAUUCACUCUCACGCAGUCCAAAGCCGCGAUCCCAAAAUUGAUGAUGACGUCGGACUCGCACACUCUCUUCUCGUUCCUUGCCCAGCAGGUGAAGGAGUUCGUUGACGAGCACCACGGAGACCACUUCGCCGAAACCGCUGACCACCAUCUUCAGCUUGGUUUCACGUUCUCUUUCCCCGUCGAUCAGAGGGCCGUUAACAAGGGCUAUCUCAUUCGCUGGACGAAAGGUUUCGACAUCGCUGAUGCGAUCGGAAAGGAUGUUUGCGAGCUCCUCCAGAAGGAAAUCGAUGCUCUCGGCAUACCCGUCACCGUUGCGGCUCUGGUGAACGAUACCGUCGGGACUCUCAUGGCGCGCUCGUACACUUCCCCGGGAAAGACUGGCACUUUGCUGGGCGCAAUCUUCGGAACCGGAACGAACGGAGCGUACGUUGAGAAGCUCAGCAAGAUUAGCAAGAUGACGAAGCCCGAUUCGGGUGUUGGAGAAUACGACAAAUCCACCGGUGAAAUGGUGGUAAACACCGAAUGGGGUUCCUUCGACAACGCGAUGCAGGUUCUGCCCGACACCCUCUACGAUAGACAGCUCGACAAGAAUUCUGUCAACCCUGGCAUCCAGAUGUUCGAGAAGCGCAUCUCUGGCAUGUUCUUGGGUGAGAUUUUGAGAAACGCGAUUCUCGGUCUUCAGAAGGAUGUGGGCUUGUUCUCCGCCGCUACGAUCGAAGAGACUGCAGCCCUCAACACGCCCUGGAGCGUGGAUACCAGUGUGCUCUCGUACAUCGAAGCCGACGACUCGGAAGACCUGGCAACAGCCAAGUCCGUGCUCGAGGAGCAAUUGGGUGUUUCUGCCGCACAUGUGUCCACCGAAGAGGCACGUGCAGUGAAGAUCCUCGUUCACGCUAUCGGAAAGCGAUCUGCGCGUCUCUCUGCUGUCCCCGUUGCCGCGAUCCUCAUCGCCACCGGAAAGGUGAAGCCGUCAGCAUCGCUCGACGACGCAGCAGAGACCAAAGAGGAACUGGACGUCAUUGAUAUCGGAGUGGACGGAAGCGUCGUUGAGUUCUACCCCGGUUUCGAGAAAUAUCUGCGCGAGGCACUGCGCGAAGUCCCGGAAAUUGGAUCCGACAACGAGAAGAGAGUCAGGAUGGGCGUUGCUAAGGACGGAAGCGGCGUCGGCGCUGCACUCAUCGCAUUGGUUGCGGCGAAGAUGGCGGGUAUCCCUGCUGCUUUUGCUGCGGACGAGUUGUAA